ACGUCAUCACAGUUUACUUGAACCUUUGGCGUGCUCUGCAAGAGGUUAGACCAUUUUAACUUUAGAGCAAGAGCGGGGUUUACUAUGUGUCCUAUCUGUCGUCAUCUUCUUCUUGAUACCAAUCCGUAGCUUCUUCAGACAUAAUUGAUCUUAUCUGAAAGUCAAAAUGGCUUUGACACCGGCAUGCAGCAGGUCAUUUCAAUCUAUCAAAUGUAACAUGUCUUUUCCGAUGAAAACCUACCAGUUAUUUUUAUCGAAUUAUACGACUCUAGCAGAUUAUAUAAAACCACCAAAGAAAAAGUGGAUAAAAAAUCAGAAGAAACGUACCUGGACUGAUGAUCUGUCCUGGAAGGAGAGGUUGGCUGAUGUGGUCACCCCUCUGUGGAGACUGAGCUAUGAUGAGCAACUUGAAGUCAAACAAAAGCAUCAGGAACGGAUACUCUCUCAGGUAUUUUGUCAUCUUACAGGCGAUUUCCAGUCACAUCCCUCAUUACCUAUCAAAGGUAAACUGAACUUCUCUGUCCUGCCUAUUUUGCCAUCACCUAUUAGAGAUGGCUACCGCAACAAGUCUACAUUUUCGGUCAACAGAGGAGUUGAUGGAAAUCCUAAAACCGUUGGAUUUUACGUGGGCGCGGCCAGAAAAGGAAACAUUGUCUGCGUCAAUGCGGACCACCUGCUUAACUUACCAGAGAAACACAAACUGGUAGCUGGAUGCUAUCAGGACUUUAUCCGCAUCUCCUCACUGGAGCCCUGUCUGCUGUUCCACACUGGGGGUCAUUGGAGAGAGGUCACAGUGCGGACCAAUGCAAAGGGCCACACCAUGGUCAUAGUCUACUUUCAUCCACAGACACUCACCCCAGAGGAGGUGGCUGUCCAUAAAGCUGAGCUGGUGGAUUAUUUCAGACAUGGACCUGGAUCUGUUUGUCAGCUGGACUCGCUAUUCUUCCAGGAGAGCUCCAUGACUCGAUGUACCAAUGAGGAAUCUCCUUACCAGCUUCUUUGUGGUCAGCCACACAUAUAUGAGGAGGUGAUGGGCUUCAAGUUCCGUAUCUCUGCAGAUGCAUUUUUCCAGGUGAACCAGGCAGCUGCUGAGGUGCUGUAUGGUACAGUUGGAGACCUUUGUGUCCCAAUCACUAAAGAAGAAGGACAAAUGAAAACUGGUGGUACGCUUCUGGAUGUGUGCUGUGGCACAGGUGCCAUUGGCAUCACUUUAUCUCCCAGAGUGGAUAGAAUUAUUGGCAUAGAGCUCAUUGAACAGGCAGUGGAAGAUGCUGUACACAACGCAGCUCUUAAUAAUGCAUUAAACUGUGAGUUUAUCCCUGGAAAGGCAGAGGUGGUGCUUCCCAGUCUCAUGUCUCAGUUCAGCCCUACAGGUGGAGGCCUUACAGCUGUGGUAAACCCAUCCCGAGCUGGCCUCCAUCACAGAGUGGUCCAAGCUUUACGAAACCAACCCGCUAUCCGCAGGCUGGUCUAUGUUUCGUGUAAACCAGAUGGAGAGGCUAUGAGGAACUUCAGGGAACUGUGCUGUACUCCUGACCCACAGAAGAAACUCUUAGGAGAGGCCUUUUCUCCCACUCUUGCUGUGCCUGUGGACUUGUUCCCACAUACUCCUCACUGUGAGCUUGUGCUACUUUUUGAGAGGUAGCAAAUACAGAUGGCUUUACUCAAAUUAGUUAUAACUGUUCAGCAGUAACUUCUUCUGAAAGUUGGAAUAGAGCUGAAUAAAUUAUACUGUAUGGCGGAUAACUACAUCUAAUAAAUCUUUGGGGUUACCUACAGUAUUCUUACACCCACAAAUUAUUUUUUUUUACUUAUUUGCUUGAUAAAGUCUAAUUUUAGGAUUUUGUGAUGCAGCAGAUGAUUAUGUUAAGCAAUAUUUAUGCCCCUGUCCUUUUUACAACUUGUGUAAAAAUAUCAGAAAAUGACUCUAGAAAUAAUACCUUCAGCUUGGUAAGUCAAAGGUAACUAGAAACACUCAGAGACCUCCGCCAAGCUAUAGGGUCAACCCAAAAACCCACCCAGUUAUCAACCCAAUGCUAACACUCUAUUGUAUACUUUACGCUAAUAUUACUAUCCAUUUGCAUAAUUACGAUAGAUUCUACAUCAUAUUUUGAACCCUGGACCCUGGAAACAACCUUAUGUUGACACCAAGAUUAAGCAAAUGGCUAUAAUAGUCUUGAAGUUAUUGAAGAAAUUCAUAUUUUCUCUAAUGUUUAGAGUUAGUCGCAGUCUGGGUUAGCUGUUAGUGUAUUUAACAUCUACCAUGAUGUCAUCUUGCAAUUUUUUUUGCUAAUGAUAUUCUGGGCAUUAACUGUUGCUUUAGGGAUAAUUUUGCCAUUACAGCUUCUAUCUCCCAACAGUAAAGAAUCCUUAAAAAAAUUCCGGGAUCUAGGUGGUGAUCCGGGUAAUCCCCCAAAUCUAAUCACCUGUUCCUUAUUCCAUUUCUGAGAUUUCCUGUAAAUUUAAUCAAACUCCGUCUAUAACUUUUUGAGUUAUGUUGCUAGCAGACAGACAGACAAAGCAAUGCUGCAGAAAACAACCUCCACCUUGGCAGAGGUAACCAGUGUCUGUUGAUAUAUUACCUUGUUGGAAUCGCCACAUGUUCAAGUCACCAACCUACUGUGCACUCUCCUAUUCACUCUGUAACCUACAUCUCUAUAUCUCUACAGUAUUAAACACAAUAUUAAUGAAGUGAAGUCUCAUGAUUCAUGCAACAGUUUAUUAACCUGACUGAAAGAUUAAUUUCAUGUAUUUUCUUGAAAGUAUCAUUUAAAAAAAGGCUCCUUUGUAUUGAAUUACACAUUGAGAAAACUCAGAGGCUGGUACAGUGAAAAUAUCUAAUACAUGAAACACCUAAUGGGUUGUAGAUGAGAGAGAAUUGUAUUUAUAUCACAUAGAGCAGUGGUUCCCAACCUGGGGUUCAGGACUACCCAAUGGGGUCCC